GAUUGCAAUAUUAACAAUGCUGUUGAGGAAUUCAUUCAACACAUUUAAGCAAUUCUUCGGAUCUGAACUGCCUUUGUCUAUCAGUUAAAAUGGUCCAAUGGCAUUCCUACCAUUGUUUGAUAUUACUAUAUGUUGGGUUUGUUAAUGUAAUUAUUUGUACAAAGAAAUUGCGUUCCUUAAAUCAGCAAGACUUCAUUAACAUUCUACAGUCAGGAAAAACAUCUUUAAUAUAUUUCAAAAAAACAGCAAAUCCAUCAACAAGACAUUUUCUUCAACAACUCGAAAAAUCAUCAGAAUCACUUGAAGAGUAUGGCAUCGCAGUGGCUCAGGUCGACUGUGCCAGGGAAGCAGUACCAAAAUAUUGUGAAGAUGAAGGUGUCCUGAAGAAAGCAUAUCUCUUCCGGGGUAAUCUAAUGCUCAGGAGUUUUGCAACUGAUACAUUGUUUGAUGUGGAUGCAAUUGUAGCAAAUAUAUUAUUUAUUUUGCUGUUCAAUGAGAUAAAGUAUGUGUACUCAUUGAUGGAUCUUCAUGACAUUGAAAAUGAUAUGAAAGGACGUGGUGAUGUCAUCUUUACAUUUGUACGAGCAAUCGGCGUUCCAGAACACAGAGCCAUUAUGGAAACUGCUUUUGUUUAUGGUACCAAGUAUCAGUUUGUAUUGACCACGGAGCAAAGUGUUUUGGAAGGCAUGGACCUGGAAGAUCCAGAUAAAUAUUCAGCCAGACUUUGGUUCUGCCAUUGCAAGAUGGUCGCAGAUAAGAAUCAGCCAUGCAAGAGGACCUAUCUUAAACAACCACUAACUACUGUGAAUAUACAUUCCUCCCUUAAAAUAUUGGAGGCCCCGCUAGUGGCGGAGGUUAAUCUUCCACCAGAGGAAGUGUCUACAAUUCAUGUACAGUUAAAACUGCCCGUUGUGUUUCUUUUUACACAAAGAGAAACCUAUGAACAUGACAGAGUAACUGCUGAAUCAGUAGCAUGGCAACUACUGGGAAGAGCAGGAGUUGUAAUAGUGUCAAGGACCCAGCUACAUCCCAAGGUACCAGCAGAUGUCACUGUAGGCUACAGACCUGCUGGAGGGGACUUACCCAUCAAUUAUUUGGUUAUAUCAUCAGUUGAAGAAAUUGUUGAUCUUGUCAAAGGUGAAGUGAAAAAUGUGUCCAAUGGGGUUAAAGAUGAAGAAGAGGAAAAUGAAGAUUUGGAUUUCCUAGAUAUUCAAGAUGACGAAGUAGCACAAACUAUCAACACAUACAUAUGGAGGAAGCAUGAUGUAGGCUUAAUUCAAGCACUAACAGAUGUCAGCUUUCCUGCAAUCUUAGAAACAAUUCCCCACGUGGUGGUGCUGUUCUACACUGCUUUUAAUAUGCUCCAGGCUACUCUUGCCUACAAAUACCUGUGCCAGGUGAUCUCCUGACAAGGUAGACCACACAGGGCUGUCUUGUGCCAUUCUCAUAUAUCC